AUGAGCUCCUACCAAUUCGUCAACUCGCUGGCGUCCUGCUACGGGAACCAGGCGCCGGGCCGCACGGGAACACCAGUGGAGCAAGGCGGCCACCCUGGACUACCCACACCGGGUGCCGACUACUACAAUCCAAACGCGGCCGCCUCCACAUACCCGAACACGUGCUACUCGCCGCCGCAAGUGGGCCACCACUACCCGCAGCAUCCGUACGCAACGCCCGCGGCCGGUGCCCACAUGCAGCCGCAGACGAUGAUCGACUACACACAGCUGCACCCGCAGAGACUCGGCGGCACACCGGGCCACAUGCACCAGCACUCGAACCCGAGCCCAGGCGCGCUCUCGCCCAACCUGAUGACGGCACCGGCGAGCCAAGCGGCAAGCGCAAGCUGUAAGUUCGCCGACUCCACGUCGACCACCGGUGUCGCGUCACCGCAGGAUCUCUCCACUUCCUCGGGACCCGGCAGAACGUCGCCCGGCUUCGCUGUCGGUCCGAACCCCGGCGCCACUGGCACCAAGCUCGGGCUGACAACGCCUAUCGCGUCGCCAGUGGAGCAUAAAGCCAAUGUGAACCAGAACAUUUCCAGUCCGGCGUCAAGCACUUCGAGCAACGAAAGCAAUGAAGCGAAUAACUCCAGCUCGAAUAACACGAAGAAUUCGAAAGCCGCGUCCAAUUCUCAAGCGAACCCGCCGCAAAUCUACCCCUGGAUGAAGCGAGUGCAUCUGGGCCAAAGUAAG